AUGGAUCAAUCUGGUGCGGACACCGAAUGUCUGCAGUACAAUGGGGCGUCAUUGAUAAAGAUUUAUGAUAAAUAUGAAAACGACCAUCUUCAAACCUACCUCAUAGUAAAAAACGCCAAUGAUCGAGUUUGGCUUGGGAUGACUUGUAACGAGUCUACAGUAGCAGCCUCCUGCAAUUGGUCUUAUGAUAGAGGUACUGCAGCAGAAUACAAUAAUUUUGGAAACAAUUAUCCGAAUGUUACAAAAGGAGCUUGUGUUUAUAUGAAAAAAGAUGACAAGAAAUGGUAUAGCAGUGAUUGUGAGCAAAGGAGAGCGGUUAUGUGUGAAGUGCCACAGACUAGUGAAGAUCCGUGCCCUUACAACUAUAACCACAACUGCUACUUCCCUAGCGAUGUCAACGCUUCCUUUGCAGAUGCCGUCAGAUCCUGCUCCAACAUGUGCGCAGAUCUGGUAUCCAUCCACUCCGCCCUAGAAAAUCGUUACCUAAUCACAAUCUCCGAUAUACAAGCAAGAUGGUGGUUAGGAGGAGUCGAAACCCCUCCGAUAGCUUCAGUUGAAAAAUCGCCAGAUCGAGUGUUCAAGUAUUGCAAAAUAGCAACCUUCGUGCUACUCGGCCUACUCAUUCUAGGCGUUGUAGUAUUCCUUAUUCUAUUCUUUGUAGUUCCAAAACAUGGAGAUCAAAGUGCAAGUAGUACUGUAGUGCCGAGUAUUUCUACAAUUGGUUCAACUACAGUAACGAAGUUAGCUACUACAACAAAGCCAUCAAAACACUCAACUACAUCGAAACAUCUACCUACUAAUGGACCAAUCACCAAUACCACGGCUUCGGGAUUGUCUACUACAUCGCCGUCCAAUCGAUGCUCUCUAAUAACAAACACAACAUUCCUGUUUGCCUACUCCAACGACCUCCAAUCUAGCUUGAUUCAGAAGGCUCUGGGUGACAUAAAGACAUUCAUUGUGAACCCGAAAAUCACAACGUUUGCAAAUAAUCGAUUUGACACGAUUAAAGAAGACCCUAUUCAUUUUCAUGGUUCGAAAGACAACUUUACCGAUUCCGUUAAUGCAUUAUUACCAGAUUCGAAACUGAAACUUCCAAAUAUCAAAGACGGAAGUAAUGUUCUCAACGUGAUUGAGAAAUUCCUUGAGCAACCAACGUGCGGAGCCAUAGUUUACAUCCUCAUGAAACGACUGCCGGACACUGUGGACGUCACAGAUCUAAUCCAGGAACUUCGACUAAAUCACAUAUCCGUGUUUCCUGUAAUUGACUCCGCUUAUAUAGGAAGCAAGGAUCAAAGUAUAAUGUGCAAGCUGGCGCACACAACAAAUGGAUUUUGUGACUACCAAAUAGCUAGUAGAUUGGAAAAUGAAGUUUAUGAAACAAUGUGGAUAGUGUCUAGAGUCCAUGUAUUUGUAUCACGAAGCUAUCAAGUAUCUGGAAAAGGUUCUAUAAAAGUUCCAUCGUUUGUAAGACCACCACAAGGAAAUGAAAACGGAUCGAUGGGUCUGGUGGUCACUUAUCAGAAUCAUGCACGAGAUACCAAUUUUAAAGCGCUGAAUCUCACUAUCACUGACGAUCAGAAUAAAGUUGUGCUAACCGGGCAGACAAAAUCAACAAAUGGAAAUGCUUUGUUGAAACACCCCGUGUUGAAAAAUAAUGUCACCUAUCAAAUUGAUAUCGAUUAUGAAUAUGCGAGAACGGAUUGGUUCGAGAAGAUUGAUGUGAGAAUGUAUAGUAUUUCCCCGCCUGGCACAUGGAUUCCAUUUCCAGCUUAUCAAAACGUUUCAGCUGUCAGAGUCUAG